GAAGCAUGCAUUGAAAAAGAGUGAGAAGUCCUGAACCAUCUUCGGGGUUCAGUGCAGAGGAGAAGUGCCCAGAAGCCGGGAGCUCUGCAGUGAGAAGUAGUGUUGACCAGGAGGGUCCUGUGGAUCUUGGAAAAUCCCUUACUUCACCAAAAGCCAAGAAAAAAAGAUGGCUAAAAAAGCAUGAAGGAGAAUUUCUGGAUUUUCAGUCUAAAAUACUUCCUGUGACCUGUGGAGACAUGAAAGGCAUGUUACAUAAGAACAAGUUGGAAGAAGGAUCCACGGUGAAGUGCAUAAAGACAGAGGAUGGAAACUGGUUCACCCCCCAGGAAUUUGAAGCUGCAGGGAACUAUAAAAGUUCAAGAAAUUGGAAGAACACUGUGCGCUGUGGUGGGGAAACCCUAAAACGGCUGAUGGAGGAGGGAAAGCUACCUACACCACCAAUAUACAGCAAGAAAAAAAAGCUUGAAAAGCCAGAGGCAUGUGGGGUCUGCCACAGUGGAGAAGAUCUCUUCGGCUGUGAUACUUGUUCAAGAUUCUUUCAUGGGGACUGUCACCUGCCACCUGUGCAGAAUGAGAGACCUCUCAGGAGACCGUGGAGUUGCACCUUCUGCAGGAUGAAGGAGUCUUCAGGAAGUCAGCAACAUCAUGAGGAGUGUGAAGUCCUGGCAAUGACAAUGGGGCCUGAGGAGCAGCUGAAAUGUGAGUUCCUCCUCUUGGAGAUCUACUGCCACUCAGACAAUAUCUCUCUUGAGCCUAUGGAACAAGAUAAGUAUAGUGUGGAGGCUUAUCGAGGCAUGGAUAAUUUUAUGCUGCUGAAUAAGAUAAAGAAGAAUCUAAAUGAGCGGCGUUACCCCAACGUGGGCAACUUUAUGAGGGACAUGCGCGUCAUCUUUCAGAAUCACAGGGCAUUUAAUAAAGAUCAUGCCUUGUACUUAAUGGGAAUCGACCUGGAGGAGGAAUUUGAGCAGAAUUUUAAGAAAGUGUUCACUACCUCAGCACCGAAAAUGAAACCUGGUAAGGAGGUGGGAGCUCAAGGCCUGGGCUGCAGGAAACUGAACUAAGAGCUACUCUUUCCU